GCUCGACAUCUCUAGAAUUCCAUCCUCAUCUUCCCUUUGCUCAUUGCUACCAUGGUUCUUCUUGCAGCACUCGCAGCAUCGAGUGCGCUGCUUUCCGUCGUGUCUGCUCAGACACCACCCAGCACGUACCCUCAGGUGUACCCCGGAAUGCCAUCAGGCGACUACAGCCCAGAGUGGCAGGACUACUUUCAAGUAACUUCGUCUCUUCCAAAUAUCACUUGGCCGCUCGCUCGCAACUGGGCAGGAAAUAUCCCCGUGCAGCGAGAAGGUCACCCAAACGAUACCUUGUUCUUCUGGGCGUUCGAACAUUCCAAUGGAUCCUUGACAGACGGACCUGGUCAGAGCGACGAGCCAUGGGGGAUUUGGUUGAACGGGGGGCCUGGUUCAUCAAGUUUGGUCGGUCUUCUGUUCGAAAAUGGUCCGAUUCAUAUCCUCAAUGACUAUUCGGCAACCGAUAAUGAAUAUGCAUGGACCGAAGUCGCCGAUUACAUAUGGAUCGAUCAACCUGUCGGAGUAGGAUUUGGGACCGCAGACAGCGAUGGGUACGUUGCCGAUGAAGACCAAAUGGCCACGGACUUUUUUGGUUUCCUCGAAAACCUCGUCAAGGUAUUCCCCAGCCUCUCAACACGUCCGUUGCACCUCACUGGCGAGAGUUAUGCCGGCAUGUACAUUCCUUACAUUACUAAAGCCUAUUUCCAAAUGGAAUCACCGCCCGUCAAACUCGCCAAAAUAGCCAUCGGCGACGGUUCUAUCGCGUCCGGCGAGGUAUUCGAGCUCCUUCCUGUUAUCCAAGUGCUCGAGACAUAUCCCCAAAUCAUCGGGUAUGACACAGACGUUUUCUCUUACUUCCACGAGCAGCAGCAUCUCUGUGGUUAUGAUCUAAACCUCACAUACCCACAAGACGGAUAUUUCCCCACAUUAGGGUUCCCAACUGGUGCCUCAGAUCUGACGGGAUUGAAAGAAAGCUUUGGUGCUGGCAACAAGUUUUUGGAAAAGAAGAAAAAGGGCGCGUUAACGAAAGCCUCUUUUAUGAGUGAGCUCCAAACCAGGUAUGAAGCCAAGCGUAAUCUUUCUCCUGCGAAGAGUGGGCUAUCAAAGAGAGAGAGAAAACGAGCAGCAGAAGCGUGGAAGCGUGAUUUAACUGGCCGGGCGAAUGGAACCAUCGAUUCGUGGUAUGGCUGUGACUUAUAUGACGAGAUGUUGGAUUAUGCCAUCAAUUAUACUUUCCCUUGGACCCUUAGUCAGAACGUUGGUGGUACCUUUGAUUAUUACAAUGUCCCCGAUGCCUUGAGCCCCGAGGCCCCAAUGGAUGGUUCUGUUUUCUUGAAUGACAAUCAAACGCGUGCUGCCAUCCAUGCGCCCACCAGCAAAGACUGGGUCGAAAGUAUCAACUACCCGUUCGGAAACAUUAUCAGGAAGGUGAUAUCAGCAAAUGCAACCGCACAGAACGUUUCCGUUGUAAUUUACUCUGGGAACGACGAUUCUCUUAUCCCACACAUUGGAUCACAGGUCACAAUUCAGAAUACGACGUUUGGUGGUAUCCAAGGCUUCACACGUGAACCUUCGACUCCAUGGUAUGAUGAUACGGGUGCUUUCGCAGGCAUAGUCCACCAAGAGCGUAAUUGGACAUAUAUUCUUGUCGAACAUGCAGGCCAUCUAGUGGGUUACACCAAUCCCCCUUCUGCCCUCGUGUUUAUCCGGGAAUUUGUCUUUGGCUCCAACCAGACUGGUCUUGUCACCAACACUUCCUCUGGAGUGACAGUUAUCGGAGGGGAGGAUACGACGCUUGGGGAGAUUAUGACAGGCCAAGCUGGUAUUUAUUACGGGUCGGGCACAACGCAGUCAACGUAUUUCUUCCCCACUGCGACAGUGGGAGCAUGGGACGCCUUCAUUGUGACCGCUACGGCCACGGCCACACCUGCCGCUACUGCUUCGAGUGGGGCUAGUGGCAGCUGACUCGCAGUGGGCAAGUCACGAUGGAGUGGCAGAGCCAUAGCAAUAGGUGUGGGGAUUUUUAUGGCAUAUUCAUAGAGGCAUUCGAUUUGGCUGGUGUUGACCGCUGGUCUGAUUGAGGUGUUCGUAGAAGGGACAUUUGAAAGGAAGUUGGAUCUUAUUGAUAUUGGUAUUUAUCAUGUAUACAUAGUUUGAUGUACUUGGAUGUAUCAUUUCAUUUGUCGAGAAAGAACUACUGUCUUCCUUAGAGUGUUUUGGACUGCCUACAAGUGGCUAGAUAUUUUGAUAGAAUCCCUCGUGCUAUACAUAUAUACUUUGCAGUCCUUGUCAAAAAUUUAGCUGGCAGCCUGCAGAAAAUAUAAUGCCGACGCUGGCUGG